AUGCAGAUUCGCCAGGUCGCAACAAUAGCUGUAGCCAUACUGGCGACAGUAGCCACUGCGGCGAAGAACAACACGUAUCCGACCAAGUCGGGAAUCAAGAUCUGGGUCGAUCCGGACACACCAGAGAGCGAUCACGAGUACAUCACUUCACGUGGCAGAAAAUGGGACCUCGUUAUGAGCGACGAGUUCAACGUGCUCAACCGCAGCUUCCGACCUGGAGACGACCACAUGUGGACGUCCGUCGAGAAACCUGAUGGUGUCAAUGGUGCAAUGGAGCUGUAUUCACACAACAUGACUUCAACCCAGUGUGAUGACGACGGAACGUGUUACUUCUACAUCAAAUCGAUCGACGAGCUAAAUGUAAUCAACGUGUACAACAUGUACAUCCAUCCUCCUGGCUUCGUGGACGCCUAUUUCUUCUACCGCUCAGCAAUGGUGCAGUCGUGGAAUAAAUUCUGCUACCAGGGCGGAAUGCUCGAGGUGCGUACCCAACUUCCUGGGGCUGUGUCAAAGGCUUCUGGAAACCCCGAUCUGGAACUGGGGAAGAACGCAAAGGUGCAAACCGGAAAAUACUACCCAACCUGGCCUGGAAUCUGGAUGAUGGGGAACCUCGGUCGCGCUAUUUUCUCGGGUUCUACAAACCGCAUGUGGCCAUUUUCCUACGAUGCGUGCGAGCCCGACCUGUUCGACCCCAGCAACCAACGUAUCAGUGCGUGUGACGACAGCCCGGGCUACGGAUUGAACCCGAAUCAAGGUCGUGGUGCCCCUGAGAUCGAUGUGCUAGAAGGUAGUGCAUCGCUGAUCUCGUCGUCACUACAGCUUGGCCCUGGUAUGCCCGAUGAAUAUCGCAUUUUCUCACUCAAUUACUCUACUGGAGACUACUACGGCUGCAUCUACACGGCUAGCUGUAAUACGCCCGGUGCGAACUACAUUGACGUGCCGACCGCCUACUACAAGAACGAGCGCGGCCACAAAUCUUGGUACCAAGGACUUCGAUACGCCGCCAACAACUUGUGCAAAUCGAGCGGUGACAAGAAGCAGAGCUACAAAACAAUCGCUGCAUCUUUGAAAGCUGGAAUCGUCAACAAUACUUGCUCCGUGGACGCUUGUCCUGCCUCCAAUGACGUCAACGCGGACAUUGGUUUAAUCGACGGCGUCGGGGAAGACCACUGGGGCAUCAACUCGAACGGGACCUGCUACCCGCUCUUCAACGUGUACACUGGGUCCUAUCUGUGCGACCCUGACAACACGUACUCCAAGUGUGCCAGUCCGCGCAAUGAGACUACGACGUCCAAGUCGUUCGCUAUGAGUUCAUUCAACUACCAAAUGGACGCCAUCUCGUCCAACUGGCCCGUCCAACUCGGUGCGUACACAGACUACCUGGUGUACCAAGUGGAGUGGGUCACGGGUAAGAACGGAUAUGUGCGGUGGAUGCUGGAGGGCAGUCCGCUGUUCGAGGUCCCAUCCGCGUCGAUCACGAACGUACCGCAGAACUCGAACAAGACGAACCCGUCGAAGAUCAUGUUGGAAGAGCCAAUGUACAUCAUCGCCAAUGUCGCGCUGUCGAGCUCGUGGGGUGCUACUCCUCCGAACCCGGGCAAGGCGUGCCGUGGAAAUGGCACUGACCCGGUUGUCAACAAAAUUUGUGACUCGUUCCCGAUGUACAUGAAGAUCGACUACAUCCGUCUGUACCAGGACUUAGCAGACGACCUGGAUGCUGACAACUACAUGCACGUUGGCUGUGACCCCAAGACGCACCCCACAAAGCAGUGGAUCGACGCUCACCUGGACGAGUUCGAAGACAACGACAACAAGUGGGAGGAAGUAACCGGCAAAGCGUUCUGUAAGACGCACGACGAUUGCACUAUUGGCGGUACGGUGGGCAGAACGUCCGUGAAAACCGGUAAAUGUGUGAACCAGCGCUGCGAGUGUCUGUACAAAUCGUGGGGAGGACCGCGAUGCACGACUGCCGUUUCGGGGGCUACGACCUCGGGCAGCACAACCUAUGGCCCACCUCUGUGGGCAUCCAUUACGGUAUCCUCUAUCGUCGUCGGGCUAGUGACUAUAUCUAUCUAUGUGUCGACUGCCCGCGCCGCGAAAAGGAAGAAGGCAGCCAUGAGGUCCAUGAAGGUCGCGGACGAAAGCCCUAAAGAAUCGCUGAAAGACAGCGUUUAA